GUAGAUGGUACUGUUAUCACAGAAGAGGAGGCUUCUGCGGAUGAUUGGAAGUGUAUGAAAUGCAGGGGGAAAUGCAACUGCAGUGUGUGCAAGUUGCGAGCCGGUCAAAAACCUCAUGGUCGAGUUGUGCCAGCAAAUCCUUCUGUGGAGGGUCUGAGCCAAAGGGAAAGAGGAAGGCCAAGGCUCCUAAGGAACCCCGUAAAGUGAAGGCAAAGGAGGAAGUAGUUGGCCCUGAACUUCCUCUGCCUUUGGGGGUUCCUUUAACAACUGUUGCGGGCAUUGAACUACAUCCUCAGGAUGUAGGACAUACCCUACAGUUUAUACAGUUCUGCGUGGCCUUUGAAGAGGUUUUUGGAUUCAGCAAAGCACAAGCUGAAUCUCUUCUCAGAGACCUAGUGCUUCAACAGUACACCUCCGUAUUUCAAUUCCACGCCAGACUCUUAUCUGUACAGGAGGUGGAAUUAAAAGAAGAAAUCAGGCCUUUGAACAAAGAUUCCUGGUUUGAACAUUUGAGGUGCUACUUCUCUGAGUCUCAACUCCUACUAAAGGAACUGCCCUCAGAUUUCUUUAGUAGAGGAGUUGAGGGGUACCACUCCUUGGACUUCUCCCAGAAGCUUAGAGUCCUGAAUUUCCUUUGUGAUGAGGCUCUUGACACUGAAAAACUGAGCAAAUUUAUAGAAAGCCAAGAAGGAAUAUUCACUCAGAGUAAGAAAGAAGCAAACCAAAAAGUUUCUGCUGCAAAGGCUAAGGAGCUAAGUCUCAAAGGGGAGCUGAAAACUGAGGUGGCCAAGAUCAAGGCCAUUGCUUCAGAAGAAAAUGCUGCUUCAUCUUCAGAUCACGAAACUACAAUUUCGCGAUUAAAGAGUGAAGUAGCUCAAGCUCAUGCAGAAUUGCUUCAAGCCAAAGCCUUGAAAUCAAAAUUGAUAGCACAUGAUUCAAUACGAACAGAGCCUUAUCUGUUCGAUGAAAAUGGUCAUGCGUUUUGGAGAUUGACAGGCUAUGAUGCUGGAAAGGAUAUGUUGCUUCAAGAUGUGGGAACUUGGGAUCCAUUUACAUCAUCUGAUGAAAAGUGGUUCCUGUAUGGAGAAGAAAAGAAAGAAGCUGUAGAAAAAUACUGCUCUUCUGUAAGGACUAGAAAGCUUAUGAAUGAAAACCUGUCUCAAACACUUCCUUCAAGUUCUGGAAGUACGGAUGAAGAGAAGCUUGAAAAUGGGAGUACUGGAGGCGAAGAAGGCAUAGCCAAAAGUAGUGCAGAAGAGUAA